CAUGUCAACAGGAAAUAUGCAUACAGCUUCGUACCGAGCUGCUAAAAACCGAAAUAAUUAAAAGUAGUUAAAUUAUGUAUUCAACUUUAAAACUUUAAUUAUAUUCAAUUACGUUAUUAUUACACAUACUACUUUGAUAGUGCGCGUAAUUUUAAUAAGUACAUACAAGUCAACCGAUAGGACAGUAGUGUAAAACUGACGUGGUUUUAAAGAGAAUCAUAUUUAGAAUUAUUUCACCAACAUUACUGAACUAUUACUUGUUCAUUGUACAAUGUCUUGGGUCAGAGAGAAUUGUCUGUCUUUCUUUCAAAUGUUUUGUAUAAAAGUUGUGAAGACCGGUCGUAUCCCGAAACAUGUCGCUUUUAUUAUGGAUGGUAACCGUCGAUAUGCGAAAAAGAACAGCGUCGACAACAGUGCUGGACAUUAUAAAGGCUUUGAUAAGCUGUCCGAAACUUUGAGGUGGUGCCUGGACCUAGGGAUCCCAGAAGUAACAGUGUAUGCGUUCAGUAUUGAAAACUUUAAAAGAAGUAAAGAAGAAGUUGAUGGUCUUAUGGAUUUAGCUAGAGACAAGUUCCGAAGAUUAAUGGAUGAAAUUGAUCAAAUCAACGAGUGGGGUGUGAGGAUACAUAUUGCAGGCAGGCUCUCUUUACUACCAGAGGAUUUGCAAGCGCUAGUAUCGAAGUCUAUGCUGGCAACAAAGCAUAACAAUAAGCUUAGACUUAAUAUUGCUUAUGCCUAUACAGGUAGGGAUGAAAUCAGUAGAGCUGCAUCUCAUAUAGUAGAUGGAGUGAAAAACAAUGAUUUACCACCAGAAGACAUUGAUGAUGAGCUUGUAUCAAAAAUCCUAGAGUUAAGGGAAGCUGAACUUCUUGUGAGGACAUCAGGCGAAGUGAGAUUGUCCGACUUUAUGUUAUGGCAGGUUUCCAACACUGUGCUGUAUUUUACGGAAGUUCUAUGGCCGGAGUUCAGUAUUUGGAAUCUUUUGGCAGCCAUAAUACACUUCCAAAGAUACGCUCCAUCACCCAAACAGCCAGAACAUCUCAGUGACACAAAGAAACGGUUUUUGGAAAAGUUAGAAAGCCAAAGAUGGCAGCAUAUUGAGAAAAUAGUCAAUUGUUCAUUAUAUGCAUAGUUAAAACGAGCUGCUGUCGAACAAUUUAAUUUAAAUUAUUAGUAAUAUUGUUAUUUUCCUGUCUUUUUAUUCAAGCAUAUAAUUUUAUUUAUUAGAAUAUUUUAUCAUAAUUUUAUCUUUGUUGUAAUUUAUGUAUUUUACUGCGAUCAACUAAGUUGUUCUUGUUAGUUAUUUUUCAUUUAUUAUACAAAAUUUAUAUUGUUGUUUAAAUCAAAUGCUACAAUAUUUUAUUACCGAAGUAAUAUCUCUCAACAGGGUG